AUGAUAUAUGUCCUCAGAAAUCCAAGAGAUGUUCUUGUGUCUGGUUAUUUUUUCUGGAAUAAGACCAAUCUUGCCAAGAAUACAGAGUCACUGAGAACUUAUUUUGAAUGGUUUCUCAAAGGAAAGGUGCCAUAUGGAUCAUGGUUUGAGCACACUCGUGGCUGGCUGUCCAUGAGAGAAAGUGAAAACUUCCUGCUACUGUGCUAUGAAGACUUUAAAAAGGACCCAAGGAGAUCAAUAGAGAAGAUCUGUGACUUCCUAGGAAAGAAAUUAGAUCCAGAGGAGCUGGAUAUGGUCCUCAAGUACAGCUCUUUCCAUGUCAUGAAAGAAAACAAAAUGUCCAAUUUUAGUCUCCUCAAUGAAGAUGUGGUAAAUGAAGGUUUUGUCUUCAUGAGAAAAGGUACAACUGGGGACUGGAAGAAUCACUUUACAGAAGAGCAAGUUGAAGCCUUUGACAAAGUAUUCCAAGAAAAUAUGGCUGGUUUUCCUCCAGGGCUUUUUCCAUGGGAAUAA